GAUCUGUAAUAACAAAUUGGAAACUUGUUAUUGCAGAACACAGAUUUACAGUAGUAGAAAAGAAAUAAUAUAGUGCAGAAUAUUAAAACUUAACACAAGAGACUUAUAUGGUAAACACAAAUUAUUUGCAGUAGCAGAACAUAAAUAAUAUAGUACAGAUUUGCAGUAGCCUAGGGAAUGAUAAUUGACACCAACCAUGAUGUAUAAUGCCUUUAAUGAAUUUAUAUUUGUAUAGUACAAUAUGUUAGCUAGAGUAAAUUAUUAUAUGUUGACAAAAUUUGCACUAUGUAUACACAUGGUCAGCAAAUAAUAAUUGAUUAUUAUAGAGAGCUUUAUAUUAAUAUAUAUCAAUCUCACAUAAAAAAGUAUGUACUAAAACAUGCAUCAUCCAUGAAUUGUUCAUAACACUACAAAAAUAAACUAGUAUGUAAAAGCUUUGAAUGAAUUGUUCAUAAGACAAAACACUCUUAAUACUUCUUACACCUUUUUUUUUUUCAAUAUCAUGGAGUAUCUCUUUCAUUAUUGUUUCUCAAUUUUCUUAACUUUGUUUCUUUUCAUCAUGAUCAUCAUCCCAUCCUAUCUCAUAAUAACCUUAUCUUCAAAGAAGUGUUCCAAAACCAAAGUCAAAAUUACAUCAACACCAAAGUUACCACCAGGGCCAAAGAAGCUACCUCUAAUUGGAAAUCUACACAACCUUAUAGGCUCUUCUCUCCCUCAUCGCCGGUUGAGCGAUUUGGCUAAGAAAUAUGGACCGUUGAUGCACCUUCAACUCGGUGAAGUUUCUCAUAUCAUUGUCUCCUCACCCGAGAUUGCGAAAGAGAUGAUGAAAACUCAUGAUGUCAACUUUUCUCAAAGGCCUUUUCUCCUCAUUGCAAGUAAGUAUUAUGGUAUAGACAUUGCAUUUGCACAUUAUGGUGAUUAUUGGAGACAAAUGAGGAAGAUUUGCUCAGAAGAAUUGUUAAGCCCUAGACGAGUCCAAUCUUUUCGAUCAAUUCGAGAAGAAGAAGUGUUUGAUUUAGUUCAAUUUGUACAUUCAAAAGUAGUUAGUCAUGAUCAUGAUCAUCAUCAACAACAACCCUUUAAUCUUAGUGAAAAAAUAUUCUCAUUGACAUAUAAUAUCACUGCAAGAGCUGCUUUUGGUAAGAAGUGUAAAGAACAAAGAGCUUUUAUAUUAGCUGUGGAAGAAGGCCUAAAGAUUGCUUCUGGAUUUAGUGUCACUGAGGCAUUCCCUUCACAAACAUGGCUAAAUUGGAUUAGUCACAUAAAGAAGAAUUUUGAGAAGAAUAUUGAAACAGUUGAGAUCACCCUUGACAACAUCUUAGAUGAACAUAAUAAAGAUAAGGAAGCAAUGAUUAACAGUCAUGAUUAUUCAAACAAUACAAAGUGUUUGUUGGAUGUUCUUUUGGAGUUGCAAGGUAGUAGUGAGCUUACAGUUCCAUUAGAGAUUACAAACAUCAAAGCAGUCAUCAUGGAUAUUUUUAUUGCAGGAAGUGACACAUCUUCCGCAGUUGUAGAGUGGACAAUGCUUGAAUUACUGAAAAACCCUACCGAAAUGGCGAAGGCACAAGCUGAAGUUCGACAAGUAGUGUUCGAAAGAAAAUUAGGUAAUGUUGAUGAAACAACUCUCCAUGAGCUAAAAUUCUUGAAAAUGGUUAUCAAAGAAACCAUGAGAUUACACCCUCCUGGUCCUUUAUUAGUCCCAAGAGAAUCUAGAGAAAGUUGUGUUAUGAAUGGCUAUCACAUACCUGCAAAAACUAAAGUACUUGUCAAUGCAUGGGCAAUAGGAAGAGAUCCAAAGUAUUGGAGUGAAGCUGAGAAGUUUUACCCUGAAAGAUUUAUUGAUAGUUCAAUUGAUUUUAAAGGGAGUAACUUUGAAUUCAUUCCAUUUGGUGGUGGUAGAAGAAUGUGUCCUGGUGUAUCAUUUGCUAUGGCUGAUAUUGAGCUUAUUUUAGCACAAUUAUUGUUCCAUUUUGAUUGGAAACUUCCCAAUGGGAUAACUCAUGAAAAUCUUGAUAUGUCUGAGGUUUUUGGCAUGACUGUGAGAAGAAAAGGGGAUCUCUAUGUAAUUCCAAUUCCAAUCAAUAAUUUUAGGGUAGCAUGUUGAUGAAUAAAAGUACAAUAAUGUUGGUGUUUAUAACUUUUUUCUUUUUUUAUUUGGAAAUGUGCUUUGUAUGUUGUAUAAAUAAAUUCAAAAUAAAAUGCUUGUCACUAUGUAUAGUGACUACUUUGAG